AUGGACUCGAGCAGGCAGCGGCCCACCAGAUUGGUCCAUGUGAGUGCUGUCCGGAGCAAAAAAUGCUGGGGCCAGCAACACCAGCACAAGCACAGCCUUGAAAGCCAAGUGAAAUCAGAUGACGGCGUGCGACAGACGGCAAAUGCUGGCCGGUCAAGUGCAGCAGCGUUGGCAGUAUUUGGUAAAUAUACACAAGCUGCGUCUGAUGGAACAGAGGAGAGGCAGGGACAGACACCGCGUGCAGGUGCGAAGUCGGUGGCAAACACCUCGAAGGGUCGGGAUGUAGGCCAGACCACAAUCUGUGGUCAUGACCGGACUGCUAGAUGGCCUAGACUUACCUUAAUGUCAACUAAAAUGGCAGAGUUCAGAGCUCUUGAUAAAGAAAUGCGGACCGGAAUUUUCUUUUAG